CACUUACAUCGUCGCAAGUGUACUUGUGUAUGUGUGAGAGCGAUUCAGCUGUUGCUGUGCGUUUUAAUUUAUUUUACAUUUAAUACCACCCGCUAUCCGAAUCCAAAUUAGAAUAAAAAAGUGUUUGCGGCGAGCUGGCGGUCAAAAGGGCAAAACCAUAAACGUCACCAAAUUAAUACGCACUGUGGGAAGUGGAAAAAGGCCGUUUAAUUUGUUACAAAUAGCAGAUCGCGAUCUCCGCCAGCGACAGACACACUUUGGACGCCACCACGAUGAGCAGCUUUCCCAGUUUCGCGGACAUUUCGACCAAGUUUUCGGAGGCUACGCUGGACGAGAUCAUCCGGAAUAAGGGCGGCACCCGGCACACCUCCUACAAAUUCGGACCGAGUGGCAAGAAGGGCGAUGCCUAUCUGAGCCGGGUCUUCCGGAUCACCAUCUACGGCGUGCGGGAGGCGGAUGCGGAGGCGGGCCGAGAUGAGGAGCAACUGGAGGUCAGCGUGAUCGUGAAGGCCAUGCCCGACAAUCUCCACCGCAGGCGACUGUUCCGAUCGGUGAUAUUCUUCCGCAAUGAGAUCCACUUCUACACCAAGGUGAUCCCGGCCAUCGAGGCCUUCCAGAAGUCCCGCCAGCCGGCGCCCAAGAAGCCCUUCGUCGAGUUUCCCCUGUGCCUGGCCAGCCUGUGCGAUGGGGUCAACGAUUUCAUCGCCCUGGAGGAUGUGGGUCCUAGGGGCUAUAAGGCCCCAGUGCGCCAGGACUACAUUUCCCUGGAGGAUGCCCUCCUGACGAUGCGAACUCUGGGUCGUUUCCAUGGCGUGGCCCUGGCAUUCAAUGCCCUGGAUCACGAGAACUUUGAGAAGGCAGCGGGAUCGCUGGAAGAGACCUACUACGGCGAACACACCCGCGAGUGGUACACCGGCUUUCUCCUGCUGGCGGAGAACGUGGCCAAGGACGCCAUCAAGCAGGUGUAUCCAGAUACCAAAUACGAGACUGUGGCCGAAAACUUCCUGCAGGCACCGCUUUUCGACGACCUGAUCAACCUGGUAUCCACCCGCUCCAAGCUGAGCGUCUUCGGGCACGGCGAUUGCUGGACGCCCAACUUUCUGACCAAGUACAACGAGCAGGGAGAAUCGCAGGAGAUUAUCAUCAUUGACUUCCAGUUGGCCAGGUGCUCCUCCUUGGCCCUGGACCUGAGCUUCUUCAUUUACUCCUGCACGAGCCAGGAGCUGAGGGAGCAGCACUACGACAAGUUGCUACGCGCCUACCUGGAGAGUGCCCAGGACCUGAUCCAGGAUCUGGGCGGCAAUGCGGAGGCGAUCAUCUCCUGGGAAUCGCUGCAGGAGGAGCUGAAGAACUUCGGACGCUUUGGCUGCGGCAUGGGCAUCGAAUCGCUGCCGAUGACGAUGAUGGAGGACGAGGAGGUGGCCGAUCUGGAUGGGAUCAAGGAGAACGCCAUCCUCACCGACAUCUGGAACAUCACCCCCUUCAAGCAGCCAGCCAAGCAGCAGCGACUGGCCGAUAUCUUCAAGCAUGCCAUCGAUCAGGGCUACAUCAAGUAGGGAAUCAUCGCUCUAUUCCUGUUCUCCUUGUAAUAAGCCCUUGUUUUCUAUGAUCAAAUCGAAUUCAUCAAGUAUUGGGAUUUUUUAUUUGUAACCCAUGUAUGUACAAAAUAUAACUCCACUCGUUAACUAAA